AUGCAACGGUGCCCUUACCUCUAUGAGAUGAAGGAAAGGUUGUUGCAAGAUAGAGGGGCGGAUCAGCCCCUGAUAGUUCCCACUCAGCAAGAAAGAGAAUUGACGAGAGAAUUGAUGGAUUCACACCGGGAUAUAAGAGACGUACCUGUGGGAACUGUUGUCAAGCUCAAUCCAGAUGGCUACGGAUCUCGUACUUCACUCAAUAGGCACCCAAUGGAUCACUGCCUAACAAAUUCUGAUUAUGAGUGUCACCAUACGUGCCCUCACGAGGGAUUUUUCCCUAAAAACGCAAAGUAA